AUGCACGCAGUCCAGAACACUUCCACUCGCGCUCUCCGCCGCGCUGCAGCCAAGGCGAAGCCUACGCUUACUCGUGGCGCACACAAGGAGAUUAAGUUCUCUAACGAGGGUCGCGCUGGUAUCCUCAACGGUGUUGACGUCCUUGCCAACGCUGUCUCUGUAACUCUCGGCCCGAAGGGUCGCAAUGUUAUCAUUGAGCAGUCGUUUGGUGGUCCCAAGAUUACCAAGGACGGUGUUACUGUCGCAAAGUCCAUCACGCUCAAGGACAAGUUUGAGAACCUUGGUGCUCGCCUUGUCCAGGACGUUGCGCAGAAGACGAACGAGAUUGCUGGUGACGGUACCACGACCGCGACCGUUCUCGCCCGCGCCAUCUACUCUGAGGGUGUGAAGAACGUCGCGGCAGGCUGCAACCCGAUGGACCUCCGUCGCGGCUCGCAGGCAGCCGUCGAACGUGUCGUCGAGUUCUUGUCCGCACAGGCCAAGACCAUUACCACGACGGCCGAGAUUGCGCAGGUCGCGACGAUCUCCGCGAACGGUGACGCUCACGUUGGCAACCUCAUUGCUCAGGCCAUGGAGAAGGUCGGCAAGGAGGGUGUCAUCACCGUCAAGGAGGGUCGUACCAUCGAGGACGAGAUUGAGAUCACCGAGGGCAUGCGCUUCGACCGUGGAUUCAUCUCGCCCUACUUCGUUACGGACGUCAAGACGCAGCGCGUCGAGUUCGAGAAGCCGCUCAUACUUCUCUCAGAGAAGAAGAUCAGCGCGCUCCAGGACAUUCUCCCGUCCCUCGAACAGGCUGCUCAGCAGCGUCGUCCGCUCCUCAUCAUUGCUGAGGACAUUGACGGCGAGGCCCUCGCGGCUUGCAUCCUCAACAAGCUUCGUGGCCAGCUUUCCGUUGCUGCUGUCAAGGCGCCCGGCUUCGGUGACAACCGCAAGAGCAUCCUUGGUGACCUUGCUAUCCUCACCGGCGGCACGGUCUUCACGGACGAGCUCGACAUCAAGCUCGACCGUGCUACCCCUGACCUUCUCGGCACGACCGGUAGCGUCACGAUCACGAAGGACGACACGAUCAUCCUCAACGGUGGAGGCAGCAAGGACUCCAUCCAGAGUCGCUGCGAGCAGAUUCGCUCACUCAUCGCGGAUCCCACGACCUCCGACUUUGACCGGACCAAGCUCCAGGAGCGUCUUGCUAAGCUCUCGGGCGGUGUUGCUGUCAUCAAGGUUGGCGGUAGCUCCGAGGUUGAAGUCGGCGAGAAGAAGGAUCGCUACGAUGACGCGCUCAACGCGACCCGUGCCGCCGUCGAGGAGGGUAUCCUUCCUGGCGGUGGAACUGCGCUCCUCAAGGCGUCUAUUGCCCUCACCAGCACGUCGCACGGCAAUCCCAACAGCACGACGAGCACCCCACACACGCCCAACCCGGAUGUCAAGCCCAUCCCGACCGCCAACUUCGACCAGGCCCUCGGUAUGAGCAUCAUCCAGCGUGCGCUCCAGCGCCCGACGCGCACCAUCCUGUCGAACGCUGGCGAGGAGAGCAGCGUCAUUGUCGGCACGCUUGCGAGCCAGUACGGUACCCCCGACAAGUUCGCAUGGGGAUACGACGCUAGCAAGGGCGAGUACGUCGACAUGAUCAAGGCCGGUAUCGUCGACCCGUUGAAGGUCGUCCGCACCGCGCUUGUCGACGCUGCCGGUGUUGCCAGCUUGCUCACCACGAGCGAGGCAUGCAUUGUUGAGGGCGAGGAGGACAAGCCCGCUGCGCCUAUGGGUGGCGGCAUGGGUGGUAUGGGCGGUAUGGGUGGCAUGGGCUUCUAA